AUGAAAGGCACGUCGAGUCUGAGCUUAAAGGCGUGGUCGAAAAUCCACCCCCCACUACCCCGUACCCCCCGGGAAUCUCAACAACUCCUCAAAGCCCUUACGUCUUCCUUCCGUCGUCAACUCGAUCGGGAAUACCCUCCCUUAGUCCCUUCAGAUCGAGAUGGAUCUAACGAUCGUACACCGGAGAACCCGCACUCGUCUGUGCACGCCACCGAUCGACAUCUCCGGGCCAUCCUCGAAAACCCGCUUUUCCGGGUAGUACCCUCCAAGUCUGCUGCGGCUCGUAAUGGAAGUGGAACAGCUAGUAGACUACAACAGAGAAUAGCGAAAGAACCAAUGGUGGUUUUCGAUGAGUUGGUUGCCUCGGGUUCGGUAACCCUGCCAACACUACGCGACUGCUUAAGUUCCCAGAUGCUACUGGCAAGCCGUCAUAUCGGAAGCGGCCUCAUACAGGCCAUGAAAGACGCUAAGGCUGGAUCCAAGGUUGUCAGUUGGUGGCUUGCAUCUGAUUCCGUGACAAGACAGAUGCUAUUCAAGUCCCGUGCAGCGACCACAACUUUAGUAAAGUUCUUAGUGGCAGAAGGUCGACAGGGUGUGGUGUUGGAUUGGCUGAGGAUGCUGGCGGACUACGAUAUUGGAGGCCGGAACGGUCAGUUACCAGAGAAAAUUGCGCAACAGGUGUUUGGCCAUCUACUGGUCAACUUAGUGACCGCUGAAAUCCAGUACGGUCAAGGGUUGGGCUUGGCUAUGCGGUAUUACCUGCAGACAUGCAAGUCGCAGAUGUUCAAAGACAACGCGGUCCUGAACCUUUCCUGGCAACCCGUGUUCCUUCCAGCAGGCGUUCACUUAUGUGAGAGUUUGAUGCAGAGUUCACCGUCCAGAUCCAAAGAGCUUGACGGAGCUAUGUACAAUGAGUAUAUCGAAGUGCUUUCCAGACUCGCACCGAGAUCGUUUCUGGUAGCUGCGUCUCCGCUGUAUCACCCUACACACGCUGAUGCCAAACCAUUCCUUGGUUUUGUGGAUACAUUACCUCCUGGUCGAGUGGACUCUUCAACAGGACUGAAACGAGAAAGCUUCAUGCGUGCCGGCUUUGACGCUCUUCGUCUCUUGGUGGACCAAGACAAGCGACGGGAUGUCUUAUACCUGGCACGUUUCUUGCAACAGCAAUUACCCGAAAAAGCGGACUCAGAAAAUGCAUCCAAAUCAAAUCAACGCGCUUACACAGAGAGGGAAGAUUUACUAUCACAACUUGACUUGGCAUUGGCUUGA